CGGUAAUGGGCCUAAUAAGCUUGUUCCGAACCGCUGAUCAACACUCCCAGGAGAAGAAUGAACAUUGAAGAGAGCAGAAGGUUUUGGACGCCUCUGUGUUUGGGACAUUACUCAUAAUGUAGCACAAAUGUAAUAUGAUUAAAUAAAGUACAAUGCUAGGAAACUGACGCUGUCAUACAAACUGACACUAGUAACAGAUAUGUUGCGCCAAAACACAAAGCGGAAAUAUCAUUUCUAACAAUACAAUUCAGGAUUCUUGACGUAGCAGGAGUGUAAGUCACACUGCAUUUAUAUUUUACAGCGGUUUCUCCGUGUAAUCGGGCUCAUAUUGAGCUGUUUUUCCCUCUAGACCAUGGUAGAUAAUCGGCAUGCCACAGCCCUGGUCAUCGGCUCGGUGCUGAGCUUGCUGGCCACAGUAUACCUCUCUGUAGCUGUGGGAACUCAGUACUGGUACCAGUACAACAGCCCCCCAGUUAAACCCGACAACGUGUCCGAAAUAAAAAAUGACUUCGUCAGUGGAGACUUUGAUGAGAAGCUCUACAGUGAAACGAUGUUCCGCUGGAAUGGCACCCUGGGCCUGUGGUGGAGGUGCAUCCAGGUGCCCAGCCAGUCACACUGGUUUAAACAGCCAGAUCCCAAGAUGGAGAUCCAGUGUGUGAGCUUCACUCUUCCUCAGCAGUUUAUUCCAAAGUACAAACAGCAAAACGACAACAGCGAAGAAGAUCUGUUGAGAACCUAUCUCUGGAGAUGCCAGUUUCUUCUCCCCUUGGUGUCUCUGGCCUUGGUGUUCCUCAGUGGGCUGGUCGGUGUCUGCGCCUGCCUGUGCCGCAGCUUCACUCCGACAUUGGGUGUGGGUGUGCUCCAUCUUCUUGCAGGUCUGUGUUCUCUGGGCACUGUCUGCUGUUUCAUGGCUGGGGUGGAUUUGCUCCACCAAUACUCUGCACUACCUGAUGGGGUGGACGGCUCGAUGGGCUGGUCCCUCUACCUCGCCCUCAUCUCCUUCCCUCUGCAGAUGAUGGCAGCUGCUUUGUUCUUGUGGGCAGCUAGGAGUCACCGCAAGAACUAUACUCGCAUCACUGCUUACAGGGUAGCAUAGAGGAGAGAGAGACUACUGUAAUAACAUACAGUACCUUAAACGGCAUACUGGUCCAGGACUCCAUUAAAAAUCUUUUGUGCUCAUGAAAGGAUGUGAAUUGGGUGAAGUGACUGUAACUCCUCUGCCAAUCAGUCUUUCAAUAGAAGCCAUCUUUAAACAGGAAAAACAGUUGACAUGGUCUCACAGACCUAAAGGCAGGAAUAAACUAAACCAGACUGCAGCUAAUCAUCAUAAGUGCUUACAAUUAGGGGGUUAAUACCUUUGAGUCAUUAUCUAUCUCUGUUUUUUUGUCUCUCUAACCUGUAUUUAUUCCGAGGCAUGUUCAUAAUGUAUUUUAGACGUUAUGGAUCAUUUGUUAUUUCUGGUGUUCUCUGUGUUGCUGUGCAGUACUUAAGAUGCCUUCUUUUUGGUUACCAUUGCUUCUAAAGCUGCUCACCACGUUGUCCUUAAAUCAGUAAAUGUGCAAUGCAACAAAAUAGGCACCUGCAGUUAUGUAAAUCAGGUCAUCUUUGUUUGUGCAUGAAAAAUAUUACUCAAGACUUUUUUUUUAUGCCUUUUGUUUUGCUUUUGCAUAAUAUUAAAUCUGUGCAUGCCUUUUAAGUAGACAUUUAUGUCACCUGUGGUAAUUGUUAAUUUCAGUCUGGUAUGUUUUUGACUAAACAUUACUCACUUAAACGUGA